UUACUUAGUUGAGGCUGGUGCUAAUGUUAACGAAAAGAUGGGCGAUGGGCGUACUCCACUACACUACGCUUCACUAAACGGGAAUUUAGAUAUGGUACGUUACUUAGUUGAGGCUGGUGCUAAUGUUAACGAAAAUAUGGGCGAUGGGCGUACUCCACUACACUACGCUUCACUAAACGGGAAUUUAGAUAUGGUAUGUUACUUAGUUGAGGCUGGUGCUAAUGUUAACGAAAAGAUGGGCGAUGGGCGUACUCCACUACACUACGCAUCACUAAACGGGACUUUAGAUAUGGUACGUUACUUAGUUGAGGCUGGUGCUAAUGUUAACAAAAAGAUGGGCGAUGGGCGUACUCCACUACACUACGCUUCACUAAACGGGAAUUUAGAUAUGGUACGUUACUUAGUUGAGGCUGGUGCUAAUGUUAACGAAAAGAUGGACGAUGUGAGUGCUCCACUACACUACGCUUCACUAAAAGGGAAUUUAGAUAUGGUACGUUACUUAGUUGAGGCUGGUGCUAAUGUUAACAAAAAGAUGGACGAUGGGUGUACUCCACUCCACUACGCUUCACAAGAAGGGAAUUUAGAUAUGGUACGUUACUUAGUUUAGGCUGGUGCUAAUGUUAACGAAAAGAUGGACGAUGGGUGUACUCCACUACACUACGCUUCACGAAAAGGGAAUUUAGAUGUGGUACGUUACUUAGUUGAGGCUGGUGCUAAUGUUAACAAAAAGAUGGACGAUGGGUGUACUUCACUACACUACGCUUCACAAGAAGGGAAUUUAAAUGUGGUUCGUUACUUAGUUGAGGCUGAUGCUAAUAUUAACGAAAAGAUGGACGAUGGGUGUACUCCACUACACUACGCUUCAAUAAAAGGGAAUUUAGAUGUGGUUCGUUACUUAGUUGAGGCUGGUGCUAAUGUUAACGAAAAGAUGGACAAUGGGUGUACUCCACUCCACUACGCUUCACUAAACGGGAAUUUAGAUAUGGUACGUUACAUAGUUAAGGCUGGUGCUAAUGUUAACAAAAAGAUGGACUAUGGGAGUAUUGCACUUUAUGAAGCUUCACAAGAGGGGAAUUUAGAUGUGGUUCGUUGCUUAGUUGAGGCUGGUGCUACUGUUAACGAAAAGACGGACAAUGGGUACACUCCACUUUCUGAAGCUUCACUAAAAGGGAAUUUAGAUGUGGUUCGUUGCUUAGUGGAAGCUGGUGCUAAUGUUAACGAAAAGACGGACAAUGGGUACACUCCACUUUCUGAAGCUUCACUAAAAGGGAAUUUAGAUGUGGUUCGUUGCUUAGUGGAAGCUGGUGCUAAUGUUAACGAAAAGACGGACAAUGGGUAUACUCCACUUUCUGAAGCUUCACUAAAAGGGAAUUUAGACGUGGUUCGUUACUUAGUUGAGGCUGGUGCUAAUGUUAACGAAAAGACGGACAAUGGUUAUACUCCACUUUCUGAAGCUUCACUAAGGGAUUUAGAUGUGGUUCGUUACUUAGUUGAGGCUGGUGCUAAUGUUAACGAAAAGAUGGAGAAUGGGUGUACUGCACUUCAUGUAGCUUCACUGAAAGGGAAUUUAGACGUGGUUCGUUACUUAGUUGAGGCUGGUGCUAAUGUUAACGAAAAGACGGACAAUGGGUAUACUCCACUUUCUGAAGCUUCACUAAAAGGGAAUUUAGAUGUGGUACGUUACUUAGUUGGGGCUGGUGCUAAUGUUAACGAAAAGACGGACUAUGGGAGUACUCCACUACUCAACGCUUCACAGCAAAGGAAUUUAAAUGUGGUUCGUUACUUAGUUGAGGCUGGUGCUAAUGUUAACGAAAAGAUGAACAAUGGGUGUACUCCACUACUCAACGCUUCACAGCAAAAGAAUUUAGAUAUGGUGCGUUACUUAGUUGAGGCUGGUGCUUAAGAUAAUAAAAAGAUGAAAUCAAUGAAUUUCAGAAAAGAUCUAUUAUAUGAAGUCUAUGAAUAUUUCCGUCCAAGUGAAGCAAGGUUUCACAUUCUGCUCGACUGGGCCCGCAGAGAACAGACUCAGCAAGACGUGACGAUCAUCAGAUGCUGAAGAUUCGAAAAAAGGCUACAAUUUUCAUAUUUUUACUCUUUUUGCAGGGAGCAUGACAUGAAGAUUGAGUAAAGUUUACUAGUAGUAGUAUCACUGAAAAAAUGUAUGUUCAAUUUCAUGCGGUUAACGUUAAGUUCGAAUCGGUUAUUUGUUCUAGUGGUUUCCCCAAUGUCCAGAUGGUGUGGCAUUGGGGUAAGUGAUCAUUAGCCACAGUGAAUGGAACUGCACUGGGUCAUUCAGCCUUUUGAAGCCGCCCUAAGUCGAGUAAGUCGAGUUGGCCUAUUUUAAGCAAUUUUUGAAUUCUUUGUUGAAGAAUGGGUGAAGAAUCUGAAAAUGUGAUGUAAUGUUUCAAUGAAAAAUCCGAUGUAAUGUUUCGAUGAAAAAUAUCAAAACUCCGUCCCAAAUUCUAUAUGAAACAUGAUGUCCCUGGACACCAGAUGGUGCUAAGGUUAACGAAAAGAUGGACAACGGGUGUACUCUGCUUCACAGCUGUGGAAUUUAGAUAUGGUACGAGAUAUUGGCAGAAACUACAGUGAAGAUUAGACUUGGGCGUUGUUUUUAACUA